GUCAAGAGGCCCUCUACUGGAGAAAUCCCAUAAUCGAAAUGCUGAACAACAAAACUGACAUGGCUGAUAAUUUUCCUAAUAAGAUUUUUUUUUGGUUGAAUUGUUUUGAACAACACUAUUUUUAAUUUCUCGACAUUGUGAGCAAAUAUAAGUGAAAUUGGAGUGAACAUUCGUCGAAUCAAACAUGUUUGUGAAGUGGCACGUAGGAUUAUUAGAAGUGUCCUAAUGGCAGUGUUUUUGAUGGAAUAUUCUAAGAGAAUUAUGCAAAUCCAAGUCAAUAACACUUAGUUUUUAAGUGAUGUUUCAAUUUUCAAUGUGUUCGCAGAAAGGCACCAGAAUGCGUGAUACAGUUUUGUUAUAUCUGGGUAUUUUGUGGUUAUCUCAGCAUUUUAGUGGUGUUCAUAGUUUAAAAUGUAAGUGUGAUCUAUGCCCGGACAAAAAUUAUAUCUGUGAAACUGAUGGAUAUUGUUUCACCACUACAUUCGAAACGAAAACAGGAGGAAUUGAACACCAAUACCGAUGUAUGGACUUGAAAAACAUACCGGAAAUAGCCUUUUUACAAUCUGGCGUAGGCAAAGAAUACUGUAAUGAACAUUUUAUAGAUCUCAACAAUGAUGAAUAUACGAAAAAAGUUUCGGCAUGUUGCGACAACGCAGAUUUCUGCAAUGAAAAGCUGAAGUUCGUAAUGCCGACUCACAUGCUUCUGCCAGAGCCGUCACUGUGGAACCUUUCCUCUUUCGAGAUUAUGGUCAUUAUAGUGGCACCAACUGCAUUAAUAUGCGCGCUUACAAUUGCGUAUUAUUUUUGCCGUACUUCUAAGCAGAGCAGGGGCGGACUUCAUCAUCAUCUACAACACGGUGAAGACAGUAUUGAGGCCCCCGAUCAUCCGAUCUUGAAGGGGGUCAGUCUCAAGCACAUGAUCGAGAUGACAACUAGUGGUAGCGGUUCAGGGUUGCCGUUACUGGUGCAGCGAAGUAUUGCCCGACAAAUUCAAUUAGUCGAGAGCAUAGGCCAAGGAAGAUUCGGUGAGGUGUGGCGGGGAAGGUGGCGUGGUGAGAAUGUCGCCGUGAAGAUCUUCAGCAGUAGAGAAGAGAGGUCUUGGUUUAGAGAGGCGGAAAUCUACCAGACCGUCAUGUUGAGACAUGAAAAUAUUCUUGGCUUCAUCGCAGCUGAUAAUAAAGAUAAUGGAACAUGGACUCAAUUGUGGCUGAUAACCGAUUACCACGAACAUGGGUCCCUGUUCGAUUUCUUAGAUAGAAACGUGAUGGACACUAGUGGUAUGAUUAGGAUGGCCCUUUCAAUCGCUACUGGAUUAGCCCAUCUACAUAUGGACAUUAUGGGUACUCAGGGAAAACCAGCUAUCGCCCAUAGAGAUUUGAAAUCGAAAAAUAUACUGGUUAAGUCUAAUGGUACCUGCGCCAUUGGCGACCUCGGCUUAGCUGUGCGUCAUGACGUUACUACUGAUACAGUCGAUAUACCUUUAAAUAACAGAGUUGGUACAAAAAGAUAUAUGGCCCCAGAGGUUCUUGAUGAAACCAUGAAUGUUUAUCAGUUUGAUUCAUUCAAAAGAGCGGACGUUUACGCAUUAGGUUUGAUCUUCUGGGAAAUAUCAACUAGAUGUAAUGUUGGUGGUAUAUAUGAUGAAUAUAAUCUACCUUUCUAUGAUGCUGUACCUCCAGAUCCCACAAUAGAAGAAAUGAGACGGGUUGUUUGUAUUGAGAAACAAAGGCCUAAUAUUCCCAAUAGAUGGCAAAGUUGUGAAGCACUCCAUGUCAUGUCAAAAUUGAUGAAAGAAUGCUGGUACCACAACGCUACAGCGCGUUUGACCGCUUUGCGUAUUAAAAAGACAUUAUCUAAUUACAGGGCGUCAGAGGAACUCAAAAUGUGAAAUAAUUGUGAGUUGUUGAAUUUUUGUGUUUUGGUGUUUCUUCUCUAAUGUUUAGAGAAGUAUUCGAACUAAUCUGACUGUUACUCAAAUUAUUUCCUGUCUAAUUUGAAAAAUAUAUAAGUACCUUAUUUUGAA